AUGAGCAAUACAACUCAACCUCAUUUUUGCGAUCGUUGUGGCGCAUGCGGUAAAAGUUUCUCACGUACAGAACAACGUACCAUUUUUAAUAAUAAAACAUAUCAUCAAAAUUGUUUAUUAUGUUCAAAAUGUAAAGCGCCAUUAAGUGGUUCAUUUUAUCCAACAUUAGAAGGAUUUACGUGUGAAAAUUGUCAUAAACGAGUGUCUACAAGAUGUAAACGAUGUGGAAAUACAAUUGAUACAGGAGUCCGUUACAAAUUAUACAAAGGUCAAGAAUAUCAUCCAGAAUGUUUUCUCUGUUGGUCAUGUAAUACGCAAAUAAAUGAGGGUGAAAAAUUUUUUGAAUUAAAAGGUUAUCCACAAUGUAUCAAAUGUCAUAAUGAAGGAAAACAAGAAUUUGUCGAUUAUGUUCCGAUAAAAUUGGCUCAAUGUAAUAAAUGUCAAAAACCAAUUGAAAAAACUCAAACAUUUUCCUAUUAUGAAGAUGUUACAUAUCAUAAUGAAUGUUUUACAUGCAAUCGUUGUGGACUUAAUUUAAUUAAUAAACCAUGUCAUCGUCUUGGUUCGGCUAUUGCAGCCAAUAUACUUCAACAAUUACAAUUAGAUAAACCGCUUGAUGAAUGGUCAUUAGAUGAUAUGGAAGCUCACAUUCAAGAAAAUCUACAAGAUCAAUUUGUUCAAGAAGCAUUAAGUCAAGAAACUGAUCUACCACGAUAUGCUGAACAAAUUCAAGAUAAAUUACAAACAUUAGAAAAAGCAUUUGUUCAAGAUUUUGUUAGCGAGGCACAAAAUAUCGCCAAUUUACAUGUACAAAUAUCAUCGUGUGACAAAAUCUUAGAAUCAAUGGAUAAAAUGUUAAAAGAUUUUCAAGAUAAUUUGGCUAAUAUACGAAAUGAAAUUCGACAUUUACAACAACAUUCAGCUGAAUUAAAUAUAAAAAAGAAAAAUCGAGAACUAGUUCGUGGACAAUUGAGUCAAGUUGUUGAUGAAAUGGUUGUUCCACAAUCCAUGAUACAAAUUAUAAUGGAUGUUCCCGUCACUGAACGACAUUUUCUUGAACAAUUACAUGAAUUAAGUCAUAAAAUAAAAUUUGUUAAAGAACAAUCGUUUCAUGAUGCCGUAGCAUGUUUAGAUGUACAAGAAGUUUUAGAAAAACUACGUAUUAAAACAAUAAGUAAAAUUCGAGAAUUUAUUUUACAAAAAAUUUAUCAAUUUCGAAAACCAAUGACAAAUUAUGAAGUACCACAAAAUGCACUUUUACGAAAUAGAUUUUUUUAUGAAUUUUUAAUGGCAAAUGAUCGUACAAUAGCUGAUGAAAUUCGUCACGAAUAUAUUGAUACACUCGAUAAAGUUUAUUUUUCUUAUUUUAAAGCCUAUUCAUCAAAAUUACUUAAACUUCAAUAUCCAUUCGAAUAUUUAUUUCGUAGUGAACAAUAUGCAUUAUUAGAUAAUUGUUGUAGAGAAUAUUUAUUUAUAUGUGAUUUUUUUAUGGUUCAACCGAAACCAGCAGCUGAAUUAUUUCUUAGAAUAUUUGAUCGAACAUUUAAUCUUUUACGGAAAGGUGUUGAAAUCUAUGUUGCUGAUUGUUAUGAUCCAAUUGCAUUAUUAUUAUGUAUGCAUAUUUUGUAUAGAUAUCAAGUAUUAGCAAAUAAACGAAUUGUACCCGUUUUAAAUACAUAUCAUACGACUUUAACACAAUUAUUAGAAACACGUUUAGAAUUAGUUAUGAAAUUAAAUAUUGAUAGUAUACAAAAAGUUGAACCACAUAAAUUUUCAUCUAUUGAAUUAACACCACAUUUUAUUGUUCGUCGUUAUGCAGAAUUUUCUGGUGCUGUAACAAAAUUAAAUGAAGAAUUUACAAACGAGAAAAUAUCAACAUUAAUGACACGUUUACAAGCGGAAAUAUUAAAUUUAAUACUACGUAUGGCUGGUGAAUUUCCACAAAGAAAAGAACAAUUAAUAUUUAUUAUUAAUAAUUAUGAUAUUAUGCUAUCUGUAUUAGCAGCACAUACAAGCGAAGAUUCACCGGAAUGUGAUUCUGUAAAAGGUCUUUUGAGAGAUCGCAUCGAUGAAUAUGUAAAUGAAUGUCUAAUACCAUAUUUUACUCCAUUGAUAAUAUUUGUCAAGGAAUUUGAACAACUAACAGAAAGAAAUGAUGGUCCAAAACAAUUGGAAAGCAAGUUGUCAUCUAUAGCUCGUAUAUUUCAAGGUGAUUGGAAAAAAACGCUCGAUCUAAUUCAUAAUGAUGUUAUUAGAUCAUUUCCAAGUUUAAAAUUAAGUCAACCAAUUUUAAAAGAAGUAUUUACACAAUUUUUAUCUCAUUAUCAUGAUUUUCAACGUUUAUUAACAACAAAUCCAAUAUUAAAAACAACACAACAAUCAAAAGAUUUACAAUUGCCAAAUGUACAUCAAUUAAUGUUUGAAAUUAAAAAAUAUAAAUUACCAUUUGAUGGCGAGCAGUUUAAAACAAGAACGUGA